AUGUUCAAACUACCUAAUCAAGUUCAUGCUGAGAUUCAACAGACAUCACUCAAUAAUAACUACACCUCGGACCUUGAAUCUGAAGAUAUCAAUGCUUGGACUAAAUUUUUUGAUGACUCACAAAUACUUAAUGAAGAUGAUCGUAGUCGAAUAAAUAAUAUAUUUAAUAAACUCGUAACAAACAUUAUUAAAUAUGAACGAGAACAAGAUUUUCAAUUACUUGAAGCAUUUGCUAAGCGAUUAUUAUCUACUGAUAAAGAUAGAGAAGAAAAUGAAGAAUCAUUUAUUUUAACAUCAUUUGAUCAAGAACGAUUAAUAAAACUUCGAACAAUUUGCAAACGUUUAAAACAUUAUAAUUCUAUUGAAAAAUUACUUUCUACUAUAUUCACUCAAAAUAAAUCACAUGAAUUAGUUCUUCCACCAAUUAAGAAAACAAGUCAUCAAACACGUUCAUCAUCUCUUUCUUUUGAUGAUACUCAUAUUACUUUACCAGUUAACAAGAAACAGCGAAUAUCAGACAUUGAAUCUCCAACUUCAAUUCAUUCGAAAUCCAAAAAACUAAUGAUGCAUGGUCCAAUAACAUUACAAAAUAUUUAUCAAGCAUUACCAGCAGCAACACUUCAAUUUGCUGAAGAUGAAUAUGUUUGGCAUGCUAAUCGUCCUGUUAAUAUGAUAUUAGCAACAGGAGUUCAAUUACCAAAUGUUUUAACAGAAUCAGCAACUAAUACUAAUAUUGAAAGUGAACAAUUCUUUUCAAAAUUAAUUGAAGAUAUUAUUAUUGAAUAUCAGAAACGAUAUCCAAGUGAUCAUUAUGCUGCAUUAAAACAAUGGAAACAAAAACAUGAAAAUGAUCAAUACACUCAAUCAAUAACACCUCGUCGAACGAAUGGAUUUGAAACACUUAUUGAUGUUGUUCAACGACGUCAUUUAGGAAAAUUACAACGAUAUUUUCUUAAUAUUGUUUCAACUAAUCGUCAUUUUAAUCCAUAUGAUUUAAUUACAGUUCCGGAAUACAAAGCUGAUCCAGAAAAUCAUUAUAUCUUUUCAGUAUUUGGAAUAUUAAAUGUUCGACAAAAUGGACUUGAUGUCGAAUUUUAUGAAUUAGCCGAAUGGUAUAGACAUGCUAAACUAUGGCAUGCAUGUCGACAAAUACCUUUUUUUAGAGAUUAUCUUAUCAGAAAACAAUUCAAUUUGUGGUUAUCUAACGCUCGAUUUUCUCGAUUCGCUCGACAUCGAUUUGAAAUUAGUAACAGACAUCUUUUAUUAAUGAAUAAUCAUAUAUUUCAAAUGGCGAUAAUUGAAAUUCGACGAGUUAUAUAUGAAUAUCAACAAUUAACAUUACUUCCAAAAUUAUUUUCAGGAAUGAAAUUAUCAUUAAAUGAUUUUGAAACAAUGGUUAAACGUCAUACAAAAGAUACAUUAGAAUAUACAAAAAAAUUUUAUAAUCAUAUUAAAACAAUUCUUAAUAUGACACGUGAAACAUGUGGAAAAAAAUUACAUAUUAUUUUAAAAUGUCUUCAAGAAGAUAAUCUUAUUUUUAAUACAUCAUCUGGUUCAAUAUAUGAACAAAGAAUACGAAAAGAAAAUUUACGUAAAGAACUUGAACAAAUGCAAAAUGAUAUUCGAAAUAUUUGUCCAUUUUUAAAUUUAUGUUCGGCAAUGUUAGCAUCAUGCUUAUGUGAUAUUCAACGUGAUACAUUAUCACAAUUUCUACUUACAAAUGUAACAUUUUUAACAAAACUUCAUUUAAGUGAUUUUGAUUCUAAUCGUAUGCUUCGAUAUCUUCCAUCAUGGGAUGAUUAUCUUGAAAUAUUUCAAUCUAUUUUACAACAACCACAACAAAUGCUUCAUCAACAAUGGAAAUAUAUUUUAGAAUUAGACACUUGUUUGAGAGAUGCUGAUAAAGUUGGAGAUAUUAUCAGACAAGAAGGAUUAACAAGUCAAUGUGAAAAAUGUGGACAAGAACUUUAUUUAGGUUUACAAGAAACAUCAUCAACUUCAUGCAAAUGUCAAAAACAACAAUCAAAAGCUUCGAAAAAUGAAUCAAACAAUCUGUCAAUAAAAGGUCAUGGAUUUUUUGGUAGUACAAAUCGACAUGAAGUUUUACCAUUUGAAUCAAUAUUUACAAAAGAUAUAAAAUAUAAAACAGAUAUAAAAAAUAUUCUUGCACAAUUUCGUUUAUCUUUUGAUGAAUUGGAUCAAUAUUGUGAAUCAAAUGAAUGGUUAUGUGAAAUAAAUCGUUUUUGUCUUCAAUGGACUCCAAAUCAAAUGAAACAAAUGUCGGAAGAUAAACAAGUUUUUCUUAUUGAAGAACAAUUAAAUCUUCUUCGUGGUUGGAUUGAUAAAACACGUACAUUUGAAUUAACAUAUUCAACAACAAAUUCUUCUUAUAUUAUUCAAAUGGAUUGUUCUGUUAUAAGUCAAGAUCUAUGUAAUAAAGUCGAAAGAAUUUAUACAGAUUUUGGAAAAUAUCUUUUUCGUUAUGCUUGUUCAAAUGCACAAUUACUUAUUAAGAAAUUUCAAACUGCACUUCAAGUAUUUGAUCAACAACCUUCAGGCAUUGAAGAAUUUGCUAAAUAUGCUAGUUAUUUAGCUCCACAUAAAACAGAACUUGCAUCAAAUCAACAAUCUAUUGAAUAUUUUACAAGUCUUUUUGACACGAUUUUUAUGCAUUUUGGUCAUUUACGUCAAGAAAAUGAAAAUGAAUCAAUCGAUAAAUUAAUGACAGAUACAUGGAAAUUAUUUCAAAAGAAAUUAUCUGAUGCAGCUGAUUUUGUUGCACAACAAACUUUAAUUAUAAAACAACGUUUACGCGAUACUUUUGAAAAAUUCUUAAAUCAAGCUGAAUUAUUAUAUAAUCAAUCAACAAGUGGUAUUUUUCUUGAUUCUACACAAGAUCCAAUGGAAAUGGUUAAACAAUUAAAAAAAAAUUGUAUUGAUUUUAUGGGACUUGAAAAACAAUUAAGACAAUAUGCUGAAUGGCAAACAUUAUUAGCUUCAAAUAGUUUAAGUCCAACAAAUGAAGAUCAAAUUGAGAAUGAAGAUAUUUAUAAUGUUAGUCAAUGGUCAAUAGAAAUUGAUCUUAGAAAAGAUAUUUGGAAAUAUGUUGAAAUAACAUCAAGUUCAAUUAAAGAAUGGAAAAAUACAUUUAUUAAUAAAUUUAAUAUUCGUCGAGCACAAGAAAAACUUGAAUGUUGGAUGAAAAUUGCUGAAGAUUUUAAAGAGAAAAUUUCUGAAGAUGAUCCAAUUGUUCUUCAUUGGAUAAAAAUCCUUCAAGAUUUUCAUCAAAAUCUUGAAUUACUUAAAAAAUUAUUAAGUGAUGCUAUGACUACAGAACAAUGGAAACUUCUUUUUCAUGCAAAUGGUCAUGAAUAUGAUCCUCAAUAUAAUUAUCGUAUUCAAGAUUUAAUUGAUUUAAAGAUUCUUCAAAUUGAAAAUCAAGAUGUUUUUACACAAAUACAUAAACAAGCAACAAGAGAACAACAACUCAAAGAUAAAUUAAUGCAUAUGCAAACAUGGCUUAAUGAACUUCAUUAUCGAAUGGCCAAAUAUAAACCACCUCUUAAAAUAACUACAGUUCGAAAUCGUAUAACAUCAUCAUAUCGUCAACGUUUAAGUCGAUAUCGUGAAUUACGUUCACGUACACCAACAGCUCGUAAAACUCCAACAGAAAUAAUUCUAACAACAGAAUCACCAAGUGAAAUUAUUGAAGAAGCUUAUAUUAUGAUUAAUUCUCAAGAAAUUCUUCGUUUAAUUGAGGAUCGUUCAUUACUAUUAUAUAGUAAUGAACCAUUUCAUAAUAAUAUUGAUAGUCGUCGUGAACAAUUUCAACAAUAUUAUAGAUUAUUUGAUAAUGUUAAAGAAAUGACACAAUUAUGGUUUGAAACACAAAAUCGAUGGAUUUUUUUAAAAAGUGCUUUAGUUAAUUUAAAUAUUACAAUUGAUGAUCAAAUUAAUUUAAAAGAGAUUUAUAAUAAAUUUACAGAAAUUGAUGAAAGUUUUCGAAAUUUUCAAAAAUUAGCAUUUCAAAAUCCAUCUGUAGCUGGUUUAGCUAAAGUUGAAAUGAAUCGAAUACAUUUUAAAACUUGGCUUCAUAUUUUUGAUGAAUUAAUUAUUGAACUUGAUUUUUAUUUAAAUGAACAAUAUCGAUCAAAAUUUGGUCGAUUUUAUUUUUUAUCAAAUGAUGAUCUUGUUAAUUUAAUUUCAUCUGGUCUUGAUCCAAGAUUUUAUAUUCCAUAUGUUAGACAAUUAUUUAAAGGUAUUCAUCAUAUUCAAUUUCAUUUACCGGAACAAAAUAUUCCAACAACUAAUCAAACGAUGAAUUCAGCUGCUAUUGAUGUUUAUGCUUAUCGAUUAGAAGGUAUAUCAAUAUCGAAUAGAGAUAAUGAAGAAUUCUCAUUAAUAUCAAAAUUAAAAUUAUCUUUACCAAUAAUUGAUUCUGUUGGAUUAAAUACUCAAAUAAUAAGUAGUCAAAGUUUAACAAAAUGGUUUCAAUCAUUAGAUAAAUUAAUAAAAUAUUCAUUAUCAAAAUUAAUAUUUGAUUUACUUGAUAAAAAAAUCAAUGAACAAUUAACAGAAAUUUUCUUUAAAAAAACUUUAAUAAAUCCUAAAGAAAAUAAAUAUCCGAAACAAAUUAUUUUACUUGUUGAACAUAUUUUAUUUAGUUUGAUACUUGAAAAACAAAUUAAAAAAAAAACAAAAUUAUUUAUUCGAAAUAUGAAAUUUAAAAUCGAAGAUCAACUAAAUACAUCAAUUACAGAGCAAACAAAACAAGAAAAUUGUUUAAUUAUUCAACGAUUAUAUUUUCGAGAUAUUUUAUCAAAAUUAAUCGAAAUUGAAAAUGAUUUAACAUUAAAUAGUUAUGAAUGGUUAUCUUUAAUUAAAUAUGAAAUCGAUCAAAAUUCUCGAACAGAAAAUAAAAUUCAUUUUGUUCAAUUUUCUAAUCGAAUUCUCUAUAAUUUUGAAUUUAUUGAACCAUCAUCGACAUUUAUAAUUUCACCUAUGAUGGAACGAACAUUAUUUGAAUUAACUCAAGCUAUUUCUGCAUAUAGAAUUGGUGUUGUUCAUGCACCAUCACAAUAUGGAAAAUCAGCAGUUAUUCAAACUUUAGCACAGUUAUGUGGAACAAAUUGUAUUAAUGUAUUUUGUAAUUUAUCGACGAAUGUUAAUCAAAUAGAAAAUUUUCAUCAAGGUUUAGUUGCAUCAAAUAGUUGGUGUUUAUUUAAAAAUAUUCAACAACUUUCAAUCGACUGUUUAUCAUCAUUGGCAGCAGCUAUGCGUCAUAUUCGUGUUCAAUUCGAAGAACGUCAAAUCCUAUCUAAUAACUCAUAUCGAUCACUUAAAAGAUUUAAAUCUCAAUCAGAUAUAAAUUAUUCAUCAUUUCCAUCAAACAUAAAUCAAAAUAAAAAUCGUUCAAAUGAAUAUCCAAUGACAAAAAAAAAUUCAAAUGAAUAUAAUUCAAUAUUAUCGCAUAAUCAAGAAAUUCUUCAAUAUCCAUUAACAUAUGGAAUAUUUGCCACAUUAGAUGAUCAUUAUCGACCUUUAUCACCAACUAUCAAAUUUGAAUGUCGAACAAUUUCAAUGUCACGUCCAGAUUUAAAAAUAAUUGCUGAAUCAUUAUUAUAUAAAUAUUGUUUAUUUAAAAUAAAUCAAGAAGAAGAUUGUCGUGAAACAGCACGAAAUCUUGUAGAUUUUAUUGAAUAUUUACGACUUAUUUUUGAUGAAAUAAAAUCAUUUUGUUCUCCAUAUAUUCUUGUUCAAUCAAUAAUUGAACAAUCAAUCAAUAUGAAUAUAAAACAAGCAACUAUUACUGUUCUUAAACAAUAUCAAUUAUAUGAUUCAAAUAUUCCAUUAAUACUUGAUAAAUUUUUUAUUGAAAAUCAAUAUCAAUUUAAUGAAAAUAAUGAUCAACUUUCUUUUAUUGAUAGUUUAAAACAAGAAGCACAUGAUGAUAAACUUAUUUUUGAUAAUGAUGAUAUAUUUAAUCAUGCUUCUCGUUUAAUGUAUGCACUUAAACGAAAUGAUUUUAUAUUUAUUACUGGACAAUCUACUACAGCUAAAUCAACUUUGAUACGUCUUGUUGAACGAACUAUUAAUAAACAAAUCAGUACUGUUAAUGGUGAUUCUACUAAAGAUGAGCAACAAAAUCUAGUUAUUAUAAACAAAAUGUUUCCAAAUUCAUUUGAUGAAGAUCAAUUAUAUCAUACAAAAAAUAGUUUUAUUGAACAAUUGAAACGAUAUCAUGCAAUAACAGUUGCAACUGAUGUGACAUCAAAUCAAUAUUGGAUUGUUCUUGAUAUUGAUUCUCAUUCGAAUUGGUUAACACCAGAGAAAAUUCAAUAUAUUUACAAUGAACUUUUUUCAUCAUUAACUCGUUAUGACGGUUCAAUAAAAUUGAUAAUUGAAUGUGAUCAAUUUCCAAAUGAAUUUUAUAAUAAUUGUUCUAUAUCUGGUAAAAUGUUUAUAUUAAAUAUUGAUAAAAUUUCAUCUCGAAUGAAAUUAAUUCAAUUAUCUGUAAGAAAUCUUGAAUUAAAACUUCAUUUAUUAGAUUCAACAUUAUCAUCAAUAAAAUAUUUUAUAAAUGAUAUUAUUGAACCUUAUAUAAAAUAUAUUGAAAAAGAAAAUAUUUCUCAUUCUUAUAUAAAUAAUUUUACUGAUUCAUUUAUUAAAAUUCUUUCAGCUUUUAUUGAACAACAUUUAAUUGAUGUUCAACAUAAUCUUGAUGCACUUAAUUAUAUAUUUGCUUAUUGUUUUAUAUGGGCUUAUGUUCAUCCAAUUCAUAUCAAAUAUGAAGAACAAGUUACUUCAUUUGUUCGACAACUUUUAAAAUCUUAUGAUUUUCCUCCAAUGGAUUCGAAAUUAACUGAUUUAUAUCCUGAUUUGAAUCAAUCAUCAUUAUCAUCAACUCGUUUUGUUCUUGUUCGAUCAUGGUUAAAAUCACAUGAAAUAAAUUAUGAUUGUAUACCUGAAUUUGAAGGUGCAAUGCGUUUAAUGUCAAUGCUUAUAUCAACUAAUUAUUCAUUAGGGAUUUUUAGUUAUGAACAAGGUUUUGGUAAAACAACAUUAAUCAAACGUUUAUUAACUAAUAUAUCUCAUCUUCGAAUUAUUUCAACUGGUCAACAAAAAUCAUUAUUAAAUGAUGAAUUAUUUAAAUAUAAUUUACCAAUAUUAACUCAUGGAAAAUCAAUACAAGGAAGAAAAUUUGUUAUUUGGAUUGAAGAUGUUAAACAAGAAGAUACUGAAUUAAUUCGUUCAUGGAUUGAUGAAUAUUCAUCAUCAAAACAUCAAGAUUUAAAUAUUGUUUUAACAGGUCAAUCAUUUAAUUCAUAUCCAUUACGUUUUACACGACAUUUUGUACCAAUUAUAAUUCAUCAAUCUAUAUCAACUUUAAUUGGUUCAAUUUAUUCAAUACCAAUUAAAAAUUGGUUAGAAGAAUUUUCUGUUGAUGCAAUUAGUCAUCCAAUUGAAUUAGCUCAUGCUUGUCUUUUAACAUUAGAAGAAAUAUUUGAUUUUUUAAGACAACAUUUAAAUAAAUUUAAAUGGAAUUUACAUCAUGUUGAAUCUCUUAUUAAUGGAAUGUUUUUAUUAGAUGGAAAACCUAAACGAACUCAUAGAGAAUUAACAAAAUUAACAUCAAGAUUUAAUAAAAAGAAACAACAAGAUGAACAAGUUGCUACUAUUGUUAGAUUAUUAUGUCAUGAAAUUUCAAGAACUAUACUUGAUCGUUUAACAAAUACAAAAGAUCGUAUUCUAUUUCAAGAUUUUCUUUAUAAAACAAUUGUGGCUAAUUUUUGUACUGAAUUAGAAUUUAAUAUUGUUUCAACGAAUGAAGGAGAAACAAAUAUUGAUGCUCAAAAUGAUCAUCCAACUCUUCCAUCUGCAGCAUCUCCAGUAACACCUGGAAAGAAACAAGUGAAAUUUAAACUAGGUUUGGUUAGUGAUCGUGCAGCAUUAGCUUCAUUAGAGGGACCUAUUGUUCCAUUUGGAAAAUUAGUUGGUCUACCUAAAAUAAAAGAUCCUUCAAAAGUAACAAAUUCUGAUGUAAUUAUUGAAAAAUUAAGUCAAUUAACUUAUUUUUCUAAACAAAUUCUUCCAAUGCAUGGUGAUUAUAUUGGUGAUCGUGAUUCUUAUACAAAUCAAUAUCAAGAAUGUGAUGAUAUACAAAUAAGUACAGCACUUCGUUCAUGUCAAUCACGAAUGAAUAAAUUAGUACAUAUGGAUUUAUCAUUUAUUCCACGUACAUGUCGUCAUAUAACAAAUCUUGUUCGAGUUUUUUGUUUAUCACAAAAUGGUCAUGCAUUACUUCGUACUAAUCAUAUUGGAUUAGGUCGUCAAGAUUUAGUUCAAUUAUCUGCUUAUAUAUCACGACAACAAUUUUUUGAUGCACAUUCUUCAAUACCAUUAAUUGAUGAAAAUGAAUCUGUUAAACAAUCUCUUCGAUCAACUUGUCUUUUAGCUGGUUUAAAACAAAAAAAUGCUGUUCUACUUAUACGAGAAAAAUUUCUUUCUGAUCAAAUGAUGAAACAAUUAUAUAUAUUUACAUGUGAAGGAACAUAUCCAGAUCUUUAUUCAAAUGAAGAACUUAUUCGUAUUGCUGCUGCACUUUCACCGAGUUUACCAACAACUCGUCGAGUUCUAAAAACAAAUGCAGUUUUAAAAACAUUUUAUGCUAGAAUUAAAAAGCGACUUCAUUUAGUUAUACUUGAAAAUAGCCAACAACCUCGACAUGUCGGAUUAUUAUCUUCAUGUUAUGUUGAUGAAUAUCAAAAUUGGACAAUUGAUGAAAUUAUGUCAAUUGCUCAAUAUUGGAUGACAAAUAAAAUUGAUAUUUCACAUCCAAUUGAAUCAACGUCGAUAUUUAAUUCAGUUUGUCAAGGUUUAGCUGAAACUUAUUUAUCUAUGGAUGAAUAUCAAUCAUGUACAUUGAGAAGUGUUCGAAAAGCAAUUGAAUUUUUCUUUAAAUUUUAUCAAGAAAUUGAAGAAAAAGAAGAAAUUCAUUUAUCUCGUUGUGAAUCAAUGCUUAAUCGUAGUAAUAAAUCUGAACGUAUUAUUGAAAUGAAUAAUCGAUUAUGUAUUCAACUACAAAAUGAAAUUGAUGAUUUACAAGAAAAAUUAUCGAAAUUAGAUGAGGAAUUUUUAGUAAAAAAGAAAAAUUUUUCUACAGCUGUAGAUGAUUGUCGUGAAGAAGAAAAAUUACUUAAUGAAAUGAGUAUUGCAUUAGAUCGUCUUCGUCAAGAUGUUCAAGCUGAUGUUGAAAAAGCAAAUCCACAAUAUGAAAAUGCAUUAAAUGCAUUAAAAAUGUUAAAUAAAGCUGAUUAUGAUGAAAUUCGAACAUUUCGACAACCACCUCAACCUGUACUUGCUGUUAUGAAUACAAUUUGUAUUAUGUUUCAACGAAAACCUGAAUGGUCUGAAGCAAAAAUUUUAAUGGUUAAAGAAAAUUUUUAUGAUGAUCUUGUUUUCUAUGAUAAAGAUAAUAUAUCUGAUGAUGUUUUUAAUAUGUUAACUAAAAUUGUUAAAUUCGAUACAUUUCAUCCAUCAUUUGUUGCAUCUUCUUCAAAAGCAGCAUCAAGUCUUUGUGCAUGGAUUCUUGCAGUUUAUGAAUAUGCAAAAAUUGCACGAUCACAAAAAACAAAACUUGAACAAGUUAAAGCUUAUCAAGAACUUUAUAAUAAGCGUCAACAUGUCCUAGGCGAAAAACGUAUUCGAGCCGAAAAAUUACGCGAAGAAUUAUCUCAAUUAAUACUUGAACGUCGUUCACAAUCGACUGAAAUUCAAUCAAAGAAAAAACGUCAAAAUAGUUUUCAAUCUACAAUUGAUAAAACUCGUUCAAUGCUUAAAUUAAUUAAUGAUGAUAUAGAAUAUUGGCAAGAACAAGUUGAUCAAGGAAAAUUAAAUAAAAAAAUAUUAAUUACUGAUGCACUUCUUAUUGCUCUGUAUUUUUGUUAUUUAUCACAAUUUAAUAUUGAUCAACGUCAACAAUUUUUAUUUAAUUGGCAAAGAAAAAUUUUAGAAAAGAUUUUACCGAUACGACCUUAUUUUAAUCCAAUUGAUAUUAUUAUUAAUCAAAAAGAAUUAAAUGAUUAUUUAUUAAAACAAGAAUUUUCAUCAGUAGUUGAUCAAAAUUCACUUUUAAAUGGGAUUAAUUUAACUAAUCAACUUGAUAAUAGAUUUGUUUUAUUUCUUAAUAAUCCUGAAGAUGAUAUAUCAACAUGGAAUGAUUUAUUAAUUAAUUUUAAAAAUAUUUAUCUUCAAAGAGCAAAUCAUGAAAUUGAAUUAUAUUAUGAAUAUAAACAAAAUCAAGCUAAUAUUACAUCAGCUGAUAUUCGAGCUGGAAGUUAUCAAGAUCGAACACAACUUUAUUCACGUAUUAGUUCAAGUAAAACAUAUAUUACUGAAAUAACAGAAAAAUCUUCACUUUGGGAAUCAUCAACAGUUAUGUCAAGACCAGCUACAUCAAUGGUUUUAUCAAAAUCAGCUGGAUCAGUUGCUUUAUCAGAUUUAGAAAAAAAUAAAGAUUUACUAUCAAUACCUGAAUUUUCUCUUGAAGAAUAUCAAAGACCAGAAAAUAAUAUUAUUCAUUUAUCAGGAAAACAAACAGAAGAUUUUGAUAAAGAUUUAUUAGCUGCUAUGUUUUUUGGUGUGAUUGUUAUAAUUGAUGAAUGUGAUUUUUUAAAAUUAAAUCCACUUUUAUAUCGAUUUAUUUGUUGGUCAUCAAGACGAGAACAAUAUUCAUUAACAUUUCCAAAUUUCUAUCGUUUUGGUGAUCAAGAAAUCUUUAUUAAUUCAUCAUUUCGUUUAAUUUUUAAUUUUCGUCAAAUCGAUCAAAUACAAUGGAAAAAUGUCUCAUUAAAAAAUAGUUUAAUUGAUAUGAGUUUAAGUUUAAAUAAAAUUGAAAAUGAUCUUUGGCUUCGUCUUGUUGAAUUAAAAUGUCAAAAUAAUAUAAUUCAACAAAUUCAUUCAAAUCAACGAAAUCAUUUUAUUUCAUUAAAUGAAAAAUUACAACGACGAGAAAAUUUAAUUGAUAUACUUGAAACAAAAGAAAAUUUAACAAUUGAUUCUGAAGAAUUAUUAACAAUAUUAAAUAAAUAUAAUAAUGAUAGAAUUCUAAUUGAAAAUUCUCUUAAUGAACAUAAAGUUCAACGUGAAAUGUUAUCUUUAAGAACAGGUUGUGAAGCUUAUAGAGAAACAGCUAAACAUUUAUCUCAACUUUAUAUAUUAUUAAGAGAUUCAAAUAUUAAUUUAAAAAUUUCAAUAAAAUGGUUUAUACAAAUUGUAACAAAUAAUUUAUCAAGAAGAAUUGAAAUAAAUUCAAAUACAAAUAAUGAUAGUUUAGAUAUGAUUAGUAAAGUUCAAGCAAGAGAAACUUAUCUUCGUUGUUUUGAAUCAAUUUAUUCUUAUCUUUCAUCAAGUAUGUCAAAUGAUUAUCUUCAAUGUAUUAUUGUUAUAUUUGCAUUAAUUAAACAAGAUAAUAUUGAAAAUAUUCAAUUAUUUCAAUUUAUUAUUAAGAAAUUAAAUCGAAUUAAUCAAAAAAUAAUUCCAAAUUUUCUUGAUGAUCAAAAAAGACCAUUAUUUAUAAAUAGUCAUUCAUGGUUAUUAUGUCUUUCUGAUGAAAUAAACAAUAAAUAUCCAAAUUUAUCUCAACAUUUAAUUGAUUAUCAACAUGAAUGGAAUGAAUAUUUAUAUUCAACAACUAAACUUGAUUUUAUUAAUAAAACUCCAUUAGAAAAAACAACAACAAUUAAUAUUAUUGAUCGAUUUAUGCUUUCAAUUAUUUUACAACCAGAAAAAAUUUUUGAAUUGACUCGUACAUUCUUGAUUUAUCAUUACGGUGGUCUUAUUCAUGAUAAAUCGUUAUCAGCUAUUGAUGAUGUUUAUCAACUAACGAGUAGUGAGAUUCUUAAACCAAUGAAUAAUAUAAUUCUUGUUUGGACAAGUUCAUCUGCUUUUGUUGAUCCAAUUGAUGAAAUUAGAAAUUUAGCUAAUAAAAUGAAACAAUCAGUUCGACUUGUUUCAUCAACUGAUAAAAAACGUCUUAAUCGUUUUAUUAAAAGUAAAAAAGAUUGUUGGUUAAUUAUAACAGAUAUAAAUUUAUUCAAUGAUCAUCUUUUACAAAUUCGAGAUUUUAUUUUAUCAUCAAUUGAUAAUAAAAUUUGGCUUCUUUGUGAUCCAUCAUAUUCAUUUAAAGUACCUUUAUGGUUAACUCAACGAUGUUUACAAGUUUAUUUAAGUGAUUCAACUCAAUCUGCUUUUUAUCUUCGUUUAAAACAAAAAAUUUUAUCAGAAAAAAAAUUUGAAAAUAUAGAAAAACAAAUUGAACAAAUAAUUAAUAUUCAUUGUUAUAUUAUCACAAAAAAAGUUUUUUCAAAUAAUUCAAUGAAUUUUAUUGAAAAUGAUUUUAUUAUUGAUUUAAAACAUUGUUUUGAUAGAAAUCAAAUGAAUAUGAUUGAUUAUAGAAAUUAUAUUCAAUAUCAAGAUGAACAAAUAUUAAUUAAUUAUAUAAAACAAAGUAAUGAUCCAUUAAAUCUAGUUAAACAAAUAGCUGAUCCAUCAGAAACAAUGAAUAAUAAUCUAUUUUCAAUAUUUGAAUAUUUAUUUGAAAAAAUAAUUUUAUCAAAUGAAAAAACUAAUUCAACAAGUGAAGAUGAAAUGCUUCUUGUUGAAUCAAUUGUUCGUAGUUAUUUAACACAUAUUCGUUCAAUUUAUUCUUCUCAAUAUCAUUUAACAUGUUCAUCUUUAAUUGAUUUAUUUAUUUAUAUUGAAUAUCAUUUAUUAGAAUCUUUACAAAAAAAUUUAUCUCAUCAAAUGGAAUAUUUAUUAGACGUUUUUGCUUCUAUUCAUAUUCCUUUAUCAAAUACAAAUUCAUUUAUUCGUUCAAUUUUAUAUGAUUCAAAUUCAAAUAUUCAAAAUUUUAUAGGAAAUUAUGGUUUAGCUUUGAAAAAUCUUAGUCAAAUGAAAUCAAAUAAUAUUAAUUUGAGAUUUAUUCGAAGACGAAAACAAUUUAUUCAAAUAAUACGUCUUGAACAAGCUCGAAAACAAGAUGAUAAUCUUGUCUUUCAUUUGAAAUAUGAUGGAAAAACAGAAAUAUCGAAUAUUUUGACUCUAUCUGGUAUUCAUUCAACAUCGAAUACUAAGAAAAACGAACUUAUUAUUUAUCUCGAUGAAAUAUCUCCAAAUGAUAAAACUCUUAUAUCGGCUAUUACAUUGAAUACGAAUGAUAAUAAUACUCCAUCUUAUCUUCCACUUGUUAUUCAUAAUGAUAUAACAGAUAAAUCGGAAUUGAUUCUUUUUUUCUCCAUUGAUAAACCUCAUCUUUAA